AUGUCGGAACUAUAUUUGGAUAGUAACGAUAACGAGAUCUCAUGGGAUAAUGCAGUUUUAGAAGGGCUUCUAUCCAAAGAACUUUCUAAAUAUAAUCAAUUAUUUUCAAAAUUGUCAACUCAAUCGCAAUUGAAUAAAUUGCACGAUAUAAUUCAGAGAGAUAAAGCUGAGACUACGGGACAGUUAAAUAAAUUCAUCGCAACUUCACAAUUUUCACAUAAUAAAAAAAUUAGAAAGUUGGAAUUAUUAAGAACAAAUUUAACUACUGUACUCACAAAUUAUAAUAUUUCAUUAGCAAAUGUCUCAAGUUCAAAUAAUAUAGCAAAAUCAAUCAAUUAUGAUAUUUCAACUAUCGAUACAGAAAAAAAUUUAGUUAAUAAGAUAUUGGAAUUUUUGAAUUAUAUAAGAUUAUUGAAAAAUAAUAUUUCAUUGAUAAAUAACGCCCUUAAGGAUGAAAACUAUGUCGUUGCAGCAACAGCCAUCGAGGAAAUUAGAAAAAUCCCAGAAAAUGUUAUAAAGUCAGAAUUUGCAUCAAGAGUUGUACCAUCAAGUGAAGUCUCAGAUGAACCAACUGUUGUAAUUAAUAAAUGGAGUGAUGAAUUAAAGGAAAUAUUCCAAAAAAGAUUUAUGAAAGCUGCAGAGUCAAGUGAUACAGAGGAAUUGACAUUAAUGUUUAAAAUGUUCCCAAUGAUAGGUCAAGAUAAAUUAGGUUUGGAUAUGUAUUCAAAAUAUGUCUGUAAUAUUAUUGCCGAAGAGAGUAGAACCUUAAUGACAAUUAAUGGUAACGAUAACUUGGAACAGUCGAUAAAACGACCUGGGUUUUUCUCACAAGUGUUAUUACAUCUGUUUAAGUUAGUUUCAACUGUUAUUAAUGAACAUUCUAAAGUCAUUACAGUAUCUUAUAAUCUGACUUACAUGACAAACGUCAUGGAAAAAGUAGAAAAAGAAGCUGAAUUGCAAGCUGGCUUAGUGCUUGAUACCUUUGCUGAAUCGAAAAAAUUAACAAGAACCGUGAAAGAAAUUAAGGAAUGGCAACGUCUCCAAAUGAAAAAAAACAAUCGUAAAUUAAAUGGCGACAGUAGUGAUUCAGAGGAUUCUGAUGCAGAAAGUAUGGAUGGUGUUCAAAUGAUAUCAGUUAACAAUAUUUCAUUAUUAAUAAAUGAAUUUUCACAAAUUUUACAAAAUUGGUCAAUGUAUACAAGAUUUUUCUCUGUUAGAUGGAAUGAAUUUAACGACAUUAAAUACACCAAAUUAGAUUACGCACCUAGCUUAUUGGAAAGCAACUUUAAAAAUAAACUAGUAAAUGAAGGUUUUAUAUCAACUUUUGAUACUUUAGUAUUGUAUCAUUUACAUAAGUCUUUCAAUAAUUCUAUUGAAUUAGAAGAAAUGCCAGACAUUAAUAAUCUCGUUACUCUAAGGAACACUGUACCUAAACACAAAGAAGUAUCGUCAUAUGCUAUAACCUCUGUUCUUGAAGACAUCACCUUAUUGGUGAGAAAAAAUUUGGUUGUAGUAGUAAACACAGGUCAAUUCGAUAUAUUAUCUAGAUUUUUGGACCAGCUGGUCAGAUUUAUACAAAAUGAAUAUUUGGUCAGAUUUUUACAAAAUAAAUUCAAAAAUCUACAACCGAAGUUGAUACCGUCAUUAGCCUUAAAAGAGUACAUUCCUAAGGAAGAAUUAACCAAUAUUGGCCAUCACAAUUCGAAACUUAUGACUCCAGUAUCCUCAAGUACAAAACUUUCAAAAUUAGGAUUUGAUCUGAGAGGCGCAGCAGCUAAUGCUUUAACCAAUAUUCAAUCAAAUAUACAAUCGGUAGUUUCAGAUCCAGAAUCUGUCCUCUCAUUACAUAAUUAUUUGAUUUACGUGAACACAUUGUAUUUGAACGUUGUCUUUACACAAAAAAUUUUGGUUAAAGAAAUUUUAGAGAAUAAUCCAACCAUGUUAUCCGAUAAUUUCCCAUUUGGUGAGGAUUCUGAAUUAUUGACUGCAAAGAUAAAUGCAUGUAAUGAACUGGUGAAAAAACAAAAUGAAAAACUUCAAAAAUGGUCUCUAAAAUAUCUAUUUGAGAAUGUACUUAAAAAUAAAAUCAGUGUUUUAUGCAAGGAUUUAUUUGUGAACGGAAACGACAACACAUACAUAUCCAGCACUGAUGAUUUUGAAGACCUUACAUCAAUAAAUGAUUUUAUUUUAAAAUGGAAGGCUUUAAUAAUUCCUUAUAAGAAUGUCUUGUAUGAUGAUGCUUUCAUAGAAUUAUUGAAUAACAUCGUUAAUUACAUCGUGACACUGGUUGAUAAGAAAAUCUGGUCUUUACGUGUUAAUGAUUUAGGUGCUACUAAAUUAGAUCGUGAAUUAAGUUUAUACAUUAGUACUAUCUGUGACACAAACUAUCUAUUAAGAGAAAAAUUCAUAUCCAUUACACAAAUGGUUCUAGUUCUAGGUUUUGAUGAUGAUGACUUCGAUACAGAAACGAACGAUGUCAAGGAAGAAAUUGCCAACGGUAUAAAUUGGGUCUUGACUUCAAAAGAUCGUAUCAGAACAAGAAAUCUCAAGGUUGACAAAAGACAGUAG